AUUUUCGUAAAGUUGGUCAGCCUGGCGCCAUCCAUUUGCAAAGGGCAUCGCACGUAGUCGAUGCCGAUUUUAUUAGUGCAUUAAUUAAUUUUAAAAGUUUUUGCCAUUAAUUAAAUUAAAAAUAAGUUAUCUUUAACAUUUUACAGCAGGUGUGUGUUGUGUGGUAAAAAUGGCGACCCAGCCCCAUAGCCGUAAGAGGGUCUGUUAUUAUUACGACAGCGAUAUAGGCAAUUACUAUUACGGCCAGGGCCAUCCUAUGAAGCCCCACCGCAUUCGUAUGACGCACAACUUGCUUCUCAACUACGGACUGUACAGAAAAAUGGAAAUCUACAGGCCCCACAAAGCCACUGCGGAAGAGAUGACCAAAUUCCACUCGGACGACUACAUACGGUUCUUGCGAUCAAUCAGACCAGACAACAUGGCCGAGUACAACAAACAGAUGCAGCGUUUUAAUGUAGGCGAGGACUGCCCCGUGUUCGACGGCCUCUACGAGUUUUGUCAAUUGUCGGCGGGCGGGUCGGUGGCAGCAGCCGUCAAACUCAACAAACAAGCGUCGGAAAUCUGCAUAAAUUGGGGCGGAGGCCUGCACCAUGCCAAAAAAUCGGAGGCAUCUGGCUUUUGUUACGUCAACGAUAUCGUUUUGGGUAUUUUGGAACUGCUCAAGUACCACCAAAGAGUUCUGUACAUCGACAUAGAUGUGCACCACGGCGACGGUGUUGAAGAGGCAUUUUAUACCACCGACAGAGUAAUGACCGUGUCCUUCCACAAGUACGGUGAAUAUUUUCCGGGUACGGGCGAUUUGCGAGACAUAGGCGCCGGCAAGGGUAAAUACUACGCCGUAAACAUCCCGCUGAGGGACGGCAUGGACGACGAGGCAUACGAGAGUAUUUUCGUGCCGAUCAUUAGCAAAGUGAUGGAGACGUUCCAGCCCAGUGCCGUCGUCCUCCAGUGCGGCGCGGACUCCCUUACCGGCGACCGUCUAGGCUGUUUCAAUCUGACGGUCAAAGGGCACGGCAAAUGCGUCGAGUUCGUCAAAAAAUACAACCUGCCGUUUAUGAUGGUGGGCGGAGGCGGCUAUACCAUACGUAACGUGUCGAGGGCGUGGACCUACGAGACGUCCGUCGCCCUCGGAGUUGAAAUCGCCAACGAACUGCCCUACAACGAUUACUUCGAGUACUUCGGGCCGGAUUUCAAGCUGCACAUCAGCCCGAGCAAUAUGGCCAAUCAAAACACGCCCGAGUACCUCGAAAAGAUCAAAACGAGACUGUUCGAGAACCUGCGGAUGUUGCCGCACGCGCCCGGUGUGCAGGUCCAGGCCAUACCAGAAGACGCGAUCAACGAAGAUUCCGACACCGAGGACAAGGUCGACAAAGACGAGAGGUUGCCCCAGAAGGACCUGGACAAAAGGAUAGUGCCGGAGAACGAGUUCUCCGACAGCGAGGACGAGGGUGAAGGCGGCAGGAGGGACAACAGGAGCUACAAAGGACGCAAGAGGCCGCGACUGGACAAAGGUGGCGACGGCAAAGAGGCGGACGACAAGCUAAAGGACGAGGUCAAAUCCGAGAAGACGACGGUUGAGCAGGAAAAUAGAUGAAAGUUUGGGCCGGUCGUUCAAUAGGUGAGGAGAAUUCCAAGACCAGUUCAGACGACGCGACGAACGACGCAGGCGCAGGCUCGUGACCGCACCGUAAACUUAGGACGUAAACCGUAUUAUUACGUGAACUUCCAAGUGCGGAUAUCGAUCCCGCAAAGUUUAAGUUAAUUCGUAAUAAUUAUCAAAUGUAACGAGAAUACCUCCCGACAGAUGAUGUUUUAGACUUAGGGCUUGGACAGCAGUAUCCUCCGAUCGUCCCCCUUCGCGUUACAUAAUAGGACCCGUGUACAUAUUGUUAGUAUCGUGAUUUUUUAUUUGUGAAAGUCUCGUCAACUAUUUAUUCCGUCAAAUUUAGCAAUAACGCAAGUUUUUCCAUUUUUUCAAAGUAUUCCCGUAAACGGCUCAGCAAUGGCCUAAAACGAUAAUUCCAGUUCAUUAAAUAUUUUUUAUUA